GCGAGGUCUGUGCCACCGGCGACAAUCUUGAACGGGGGUGUGCGAGAAGAACUUCAUGAAUCGGUAGUCCCUCCCUUUGUAUAUCUGACUCCGGUAGCGAUCGGCCUAACAUUGUUCGAAUAUCCACAUGCUUGCCGUGGCUACGACGAUGCAAGAUCUUGUCGUCAUCGAGCUCCUCCCUCAUCUCAUCAGCGACCACGGCGUGGUUGGGAGAUGUUUAGUUGCACGGCUGGGCGGAUAAAAUACGGUCGCGACCGUCCUCUUUAUAUUCAUCACAACCGUCGAUCGUACUUCCCACUGCUGCAGCGCAUAGGGCAGCAAUGCGCUCCGUCGAAAUCCCACUGCGACAACUUCUUCUCGUCUGCAUAGUCUCCGUCCUGCUGGUGAGACCCGCAUCGUUCAAACCGACAAAUCGGACAAUCGACGACGAGUAUGGCGAUUCGGUCACAGGGCUAAUGCCGCUCUACCAAGGCGGUUGGAAUUACGGUCCUCACUGCUCUGGGUGCUACAUCCAGCCCGACACGUUACUGGUAUUUGAUCGGACUUGGCACGACACGACGACCCAUCCAGCAGAUCCAGUUGCCAGCGUCACCCUCACUUUCAACGGUACCGCAAUCUGGGUGUAUUGUAUCAUCCCUAACUUUGUGGAUGCCGUCACGGUCACGACCUACGUCAAUCUGAGCUUUGAACUAGACGGCGACUAUGUUCAAACGUUCUCCCAUGAGCCAGAGCUCAAUAAUGCCUCCAUGGUGUACAAUAUCACCGUAUACAGUAACACAUCGAUGGACAACCGGGAGCAUACCUUGAUCAUGACGCCGCAACAUGCCGUGAACGCUUCUGUGGUGCUCUUUGACUGGGCGCAAUACACAUAUGAUUCAGACCCCGAAGCUGAAGCAGGAACUUCGUCGACCAGCAGCAGUUCGAGAGUUGGUUCCGGUAGCUCACGCCCUAUGCCAUCGACGUCCGCAAAUAAGCCGAGUUCGUCAAUUAUAAUAAGCCCUUCAUCUUCCACACCCGUUCUCGUCCCCAGCGGUACAUCAGACUCGUCACGAACACCUGUCAAUGCGAUAGCCGGAGGUGUCUGCGGCGGUCUCGGCGCCCUUGUGCUCGGCCUGCUCAUUCUCUUUCUGUGUCAUCGCAGACGUGGGGCAGCCUGGGUUCGCAAGACGAUUCGCGGGAAUUCGCAUGGUCAGGAAUUGGAUGAAAGCGGACCUGUUGCCAAGUUGGGGUCAACUGUAGAUCUUCCCACGACCUUUAAACCAGCGUCCCUGUACUCAAUCGCGACGACGCUGCCCAAAGCACUCAUACAUCCGUCCCCCGGUACAUCCCCAAUCACACACUUCCCUACUACACACUACCCGGUGGCUAAUGAUUUAGCCGACGCUCCGAGUUCGAUGCUCUCCACGACGAUACGGACCACUUCCGCUCAGAGCGUAUCAACAGCCUCUCGGGCAAAGCCGGCAAGACAGGAGAAACACACAGCUCGAUAUGAGGAGUCGAUGCGCCAGAUACACGACGCUGCUGAGCUGCAACGUCAAGAGAUGGGACCCGACAGCGUUGCCGGGGAUGGGCCCAUCUCUACACCUCUUCAAGAUGCACCCUCCGCACGAGCGCAUGUCAGUCCGGCAGAGCUGAAGAGGCAAAUUGAUGCCUUGCAGAUGGAACUGUGUCGGUUGAAGGUGGCUGAGGUCAAGUCUUCCCCAUAGUACCAGCAGUCUGACUCUGAGCAGUACGUAUAUGGCACACCCGCUAUACAAACACUGCCUCAGCAAACCCACGUCCUUGAAAAUGAUUGGUGAUAUCGUAAUAUAUGUAGUGUUGGCAUCUGCAGCCGAAUAGACUGCUCA